AUAUUGGAUUGAAGUAUGUUUUUAUAUACUGUGAUAUUGUGACAUGGUAUCAGAGCUACAACUCUGAACCGUGGGUCACUCUUGUUCUCCAUCCCGCUCUGAACCGUGGGUCACUCUUGUUCUCCAUCCCGCUUCUUCUUCGAUACGCUAUUAUCGAGCUCCGCUGCCUCCAUCUUCGUCACGCUGUUCGGAAUCCAUUUUCCGCACGCUGUUCGCAGUCGCUGGUUUCGAACUUGUGAUUGACGUUCGCAAUCGGUGGGAGUUCUUCAACCUGUUCGCUUCUUGGUCGUUUGGGUUCGCGAGCAAUGGUGGUUCGUGAAUCUAUUCUUGUUCGUGAUUUUGAGCUUCUUGGUCGUUUCGGUCGCGGGCGGUGGUGGUUCGUGAAUCUCGUUCUCGUUCGUAUCACUGUGAUUAUCGUGUUCGCUUCGAUUCACGGUUUGUUCUUGCUAUUGCUCGCUUACGCUCUUCGAUUCAUUCUGGUUUGACGUUCGUCACACCCCUAUCUUCUCUGGUUUUGAUUUCGAAAACCCAUUCUCUGCAUCCUUGUUCAUCAUGGCCUCAGAUAAAGUCGACACUUUUCUGGUUAGAUUUAAUGGAAAGAAUUAUGCUGCUUGGGAGUUCCAAUUUAAGCUCUUUGUCAAAGGCAAAGAAUUAUGGGGUCAUAUUGAUGGCAAAAUUCCUGCACCAACGACUGAAGCAGAUUUGGCGAAGUGGGAAACGAAAGAUGCCCAAAUCAUGACCUAGAUUCUUAGCUCUGUUGAGCCUCAUUUUAUCCUGAAUCUUCGGCCUUACAACACUGUUAAAGAUACGUGGGAUUAUUUGAAAAAGGUUUAUCAUCAAGCCAAUGCAGCUUGAAGGUUUCAAUUGGAGUAUGAGAUGGCUAAUUUCACACAAGGAAGUCUAUCGAUUGAGGAAUAUUAUUUUGGUUUUCAAAAUCUUUGGGCUGAAUACUCAAAUAUUAUUUACGCGGGUAUUUCUAGUGAAGCCCUAUCAGCUGUCCAAACGGUGCACGAGACUAGUAAGCGAGAUCAAUUUUUGAUGAAGCUACGAUCUGAUUUUGAUGCUACUCGAUCCAAUCUGAUGAAUCGUGACCCUGUGCCUACGUUGGAUGCUUGCUUGAGUGAGCUUCUCCGAGAAGAACAACGAAUCAAAACGCACACAGUUAUGGAACAAAAUAUGAAUUCUUCUGCUCCAGUUAGUGUGGCCUAUGCUGCCCAAGGAAAGAAUAAGCCUAGAGAUAUGCGUUCUGUCCAAUGCUACAGUUGUAAGGGAUUUGGUCAUCUUGCAAAGGAUUGUUCACAAAAAUUUUGUAACUAUUGCAAGAAAAGGGGGCAUAUUAUCUCCGCUUGUCCUAUUCGCCCUGCAAAGAAACAAGACACUGCUUAUCAUGUCUCUGUUGGUACUUUGAGUUCUACUGCUUUGCCUGCUCCAGCUUCUGUUCCUACACCUCCUGCCAACACUCUUACUCUAGAAAUGGUACAACAAAUGAUUGUGUCAGCCUUUUCUGCCCUUGGUCUUUCAGGAUCAAGUGUCAGGGAAGAUCAUUUUGAAGGGACCUAAAGUAGGACGACUCUUUCCGCUAUGCAUCUCACCUUCCACAUAUUGUCCUGUUUUUUCUCUAGUUUGUGUUGAUGAUAGACAACUAAAUAAAAUGUGACAUAAUCGUUUAGGCCAUCCAAAUUCUCAUGUACUUAGUACCUUGUUUAAAUAUGGUUCUUUGGGCAAUAAAAACUCCCCUGUUUCAUUUGAUUGUACUACCUGCAAACUUGGUAAAAGUAAAACUUUACCAUUUUCUCAUAAUGCAUCUCGGGCAAAUCAUUGUUUUGACAUUAUUCAUAGUGAUGUUUGGGGAUUUCUCCUAUUGUAUCUCAUGCAGGUUAUAAGUAUUUUGUCACGUUCAUAGAUGACUACAGCCGAUUUACUUGGGUAUAUUUUCUUCGGUCUAAAGCAGAAGUUUUCUCUGUUUUUCAACGUUUUGUUUCGUUCCUUAAGACUCAAUUCUCUGCUCACAUAAAAAUUUUAAGAUCAGAUUUUGGAGGUGAAUAUAUGUUUAACGCAUUUCAAAAUUUUCUUCAAAAUGAGGGAAUUCUAUCUCAGCGUUCUUGUCCUUCCACACCACAACAAAAUGGUGUUGCUGAGAGAAAGAACCGUCAUCUUCUUGAUGUUCGCACUCUUUUUCUAGAAUCCUCUGUUCCUCUUCGUUUUUGGUGUGAAGUUCUCUCCACUGCUGUUCAUUUAAUAAAUCGGUUACCUUCUCCUACUCUCCAUAAUGUUUCUCCUUUCUAUAAGUUGUUUGGGUAUUCUCCUUCUUACUUUAAUCUCCGUACUUUGAAUUGGAUCUGCUGUUCUCUCUAUGUUCUAGUUGA